UUGGUUUGAAAGGGUUCAAUAUUCCUGGUUUCAAAAAUUCAUCAUAAACUGUGUCUGCAGUGGAAGUCUCCCUAAACAUGUUGCUUUUAUCAUGGACGGGAACAGAAGAUUCGCGCAAGUUAAAGAUAUCACUCGAUCUGAAUCGUAUGCUAUGGGAUUCGAUAAGAUCGGAGAAAUAUUAGAUUAUUGUGAAACUUUCAGCAUCAGGUAUGUUUCAGUGUAUGCUUUCAGCAAUGAGAACUUCAAAAGAUCAGAAGAGGAGAAAGCAGAGCUGUUUUCGUUAAUGUCAGAUAAAAUGAACUAUUUGCUCAGCAAAAUAGACAAACUCCACGAAAAAGGGAUCAGAAUAAACGUGUUGGGAGACAUAACACUUUUCCCAGCCCACAUAACCAAAACAAUGGCCCAACUAGAACUAGAAACACUGAACAACUCCGAGUUCUGCCUGAGUUUGUGUCUGGCGUACACGUCACGUGACGAGAUCACCACCUCAGUGAACUGCAUGGCUCAAGGUGUGGCCCAGGGUAAACUCCGGGUAACAGAUAUAAACGAGACUUUACUAAACUCCUGUUUGUACAGUGAGGAUCUGCCCCCGGUUGAUAUGUUGCUGAGAACGUCAGGGGAGGUGCGGUUAUCUGAUUACAUGAUGUGGCAAGCUAACUUUGCUGCCCUGCAGUUUGUCAAGGUGCUCUGGCCUGACUUUGGCUUCUGGCACCUAAUUGGUUCCUUGCUAGACUACCAGAGACAGGAACCGUUAUUAACAGAACACAGAGAAACAUACAAACCCUUCUUAGAGAAGAUGACAAAGUCAGAGCUAGCGGCAGUUGCUCACGCAGAACACUGCAGCCUCAAGUCACACGAGGAAUGCCACUUUAAUGAGGCGGUCACAGAGGCGUAUGUAGAGUCUCACCUGAGGAGGACUGAGCAGUUUGUGAGUGAGUUGAAGGGUGAGAGGAGGGUGCUGUUGGAACAGUGUGCUCAGCUUACUGUUGAAGGGUGAGAGGAGGGUGCUGUUGGAAC